AUGUCGAAACGUACAGCUGAAGAUAGCGGUAAUGGCAGCAAUCAACCGCCGAUUAAGAAGGUUCACUUUGAACCGCACCUAAUAGGUCCAGUGUCCACGCUGGAAGAAAUGGACAUAAAAGUCCUACAAUUCCAGAACAAAAAGUUAGCUCAGAGAAUAGAACAACGCCAUAGGUGUGAGGCUGAGCUACGAGCUAGGAUAGAACAGUUAGAGAAGCGCCAGACCCAGGAUGAUGCUGUAUUAUGUGUUGUCAACAGAUACUGGAAUUUAUUAAAUGAAGAUAUUAGAGUAUUGUUGCAAAGGUUUGAUGCAGAAACAGCUGAUGAAUCUGAGAACAAAAAUGAGAAUGAAGCAACCACAUCCUUUCUUAUGCAAUUAUCAACUUGGGAUAAAGAAGAACUGGAUGCUCAACUGGCAAACAGAGUACAAGUGAGCAAAAGAGCAGUAGCGAAAGUGUUACAGGCUUUUGACAGGCUGCAGCAGAGAAAUGAUAAAAUAUGGAGGGCAAUAAAAGGAGAAGGUGACGAAGGUGCCCCAGCUCCGUCCCUUGAUGAAACAAUAAGGGCAACAAAUGAGGAAGUUACUGCAGAGAACCGUCGGCUCCAAGCCCUCAGUACCACAUUACAUGAGAGCCAUCAUACCAUGACAUUGAGAGUUGCCCAGUUACAGGACGCAGUCAACAGCCGGGAUACUGAGAAUGCCGAGUUGAAGAACCAGAUUGAUGACCUGCAAUAUGAGUUAAUGAAGAUUCGUUCCCGAAAUGAUAAGCUAGAGAAUCACUUAGCAGAAGCAAUUGAGAAAUUAAAGAGCUACCAUCAAUCAGGCACAACAGCCACUACUACUUGUGCUCCCACACCCCAUUCAGCGUUGGCUAAUGCCAAGCUGGAAGAUAUAGCAGCAGAACUAGAAGAGCAGAGGGAAUUAGCUAAUAAUAGACUGGCGGAACUGGACAGGUUACAUAGACAACAUCGGGAUACAUUGAAGGAAUUGGAGAAAUUGAAAAUGGAUAUACGCCAAUUGCCAGAAUCUGUGAUAGUAGAGACGACAGAGUAUAAAUGUCUUCAGAGUCAAUUCUCUGUACUCUACAAUGAGUCGAUGCAAAUGAAGACUGCGUUGGAUGAAACAAGACUACAACUUCAAAAUGCUAAGAACCUACAUAUGAGACAAAUAGAAAUAAUGGAGAGUGAAGAGUUGGCGAGGCAGAAAGCGUUGAGAGCAGAAAUGAUACAAUUGGAGGAUGUCCUCGGGCAACUCCGGAAAGAGUAUGAGAUGUUACGAAUAGAGUUUGAGCAGAAUCUCGCAGCAAAUGAACAGACAGGACCGAUUAAUAGGGAAAUGAGGCAUUUGAUAACAUCCCUUCAGAAUCAUAAUCAACAAUUAAAGGGCGAAGUACAUAGGUAUAAGCGGAAAUAUAAGGAUUCUAGUCAGGAACUAAAUAAGCUCCGUAAAGAGAUGGAAGAGGCCAAUGUUAGGCCACCACCAGACCAACCCGAUGAGAAACCACUCGCUGUUAAGAAGGAAGAGCCAGAUCCCGAGAGUGAAGAGGGCGCCAGUAGCGGUGGCGGCGAGACUAAGCACUCCGUACCGAAGGACCACGGACGAGCUAAGAUACAGGAACAAGAACUCAUUAUUAAGGAUCUCAAACAACAGCUCAAGAAGGCGGUAAACGAGCAGAAAGAGCUGAAGCUCCUCCUGGAUAUGUACAAAGGAGUGAGCAAAGAGCAGAGGGACAAAGUGCAAUUAAUGGCAGCAGAACGAAAAGCCAGACAGGAAUUGGAAGACCAUAGGCAGAAAGCUAAAAUGGCACAGGAAAGUAAAAGGGAGCGCCGUAUGGCAGACGAAGACGCGCUGCGGAAGAUCAAACAGCUGGAAGAGCAGAAGUACGAACUCCAGAAGCAGCUCUCUUGCGCCCGGCCUAAUGCAGAUCCCUUGCAUGGCUUCACCAGGCCUUUUGCUGGAUCACAGGAAGAAGAAGCCCUACUCAAUGAGAUGGAGGUGACGGGUCAGGCUUUCGAAGACAUGCAAGAACAGAACUCCAGACUUAUCCAGCAGUUGAGGGAGAAGGACGAUGCCAACUUCAAACUGAUGUCGGAGAGAAUUAAGGCCAAUUCUCUGCAUAAAUUACUUCGGGAAGAGAAACAGCUUUUGCAGGAACAGGUUGUCACCCGUGACCAGCAAAUAGAGUCCAUGGGUCUGGUCGCCCGAAGGUUAGAAGAGAAAGAGAGAUUGCUCCAAGCAACUCUAUCGGCCGUGGAGAAGGAACUGCUUCUUCGGCAGCAGGCGAUGGAAAUGCACAAGCGGAAAGCCAUUGAGUCCGCUCAAUCCGCUGCUGAUCUCAAAUUGCAUCUUGAAAAGUACCACGCACAAAUGAAGGAGGCGCAACAAGUGGUCGCCGAAAAGACGAGCGCGCUCGAAGCAGAAGCGUACAAAACAAAAAGACUUCAUGAGGAGUUAGCCAUACUCCGUCGAAAGGCAGAGAGAAUGAAAAAGAUGGAGCAGGCUGGUAGCAGUAUGGAUGAAGUGCUUCUAGAAGAAAUACGCGAAUAUAAGGAGACCCUUACUUGCCCCUCUUGCAAGGUAAAACGCAAGGACGCCGUGUUAACGAAAUGUUUCCACGUCUUUUGCUGGGAUUGUCUGCGGACGCGCUACGAGACGCGACAAAGGAAAUGUCCAAAAUGCAACGCCGCCUUUGGAGCCAACGACUACCACAGAUUAUAUCUAUCGACGUAG